CGCUCCGGCGGCAUGGCGGCGCCCGUGCGCUGAGGCGAUGUCGGGCCGCGGUGUGUGGCUGCGGGCGCGGGCGCGAUUGCGGCGCUUCCCGGCAGCGCUGGCGGCGUGCGGGGACCAGGCCGCGGCCUACGGGCGGUGCGUGGCGGCGGCGGCGGCCGGACCGGCGGAGCUGCGGCGGGACACUUGCUUGGAGGAGUUCCAGGCGCUGCGGGAAUGCUUCGCCCGGGCGGCAAAGACGACGCCAAAGUGACCCAGGAGCUGCCCCCGCCGGGAGACGUUCGGAGGGAAUAAAACCCUCAAAACAACCGUUUGUCUUCAAAUGACAUAGUCCCCUCGGAGUCCGAGCUGYCACCUUCUCCCCAGCCCAAAGGAGGAGCAGUCCCAGGCUGGGUGAAGGUCACAGAUCUAUUUUUAUUUAUUACAAAUGAAAGAAUUCAAAUGAAAAUGCUUCAGCUUAUUUUAUUGAUGGGCUCAGCCCGCGCUCCGGGCUCUCCCUCUCAGCAUUCCACCCGCCCCUGGGGAGCCGUUCCCGGCGAGACAAGGCACCGGCUUCCAGCCCAGUGUGGGGUGCCCACGCCAUUCCCAGGAGCAGGAAUGUCAGGAGCAUCUUUGGUCCCUUAUGUUCACACAGAGAACAACAAACAGGCGGGUCUGACCAAGGCAGCAAAGGGGAUGAAGGAGCUGAUCCAGAUCCCUCUCCAGGAAGGCUGGUUGGUGCCACAGCCCGGAUCCAUCUCCCCAGGGCAGACCUGGGGCCGUGCUCAGAGCCCAUCCCUGCCCCUCGGAGCAGCUCCAGGGCUCCCGGGGCUGUGCUGCUUGUGCUUGACGACAGCGUUAAUGGAGAAGCUCGUGGGGAUGGGGGGUUCAGGGGGUUUAAGGCCACAGCGUUCCGAGGGGUCUUCCCAAAGGACUCCCAAGGUUGUUUCCCUGUGGCUCUGGGUUGUGACAUCCUGGGAGCACCGGGCAGGGACAGUCCCACCCCAUCCCAGCUCUGCAGGGUCCCACUGGACACAGACUCAGGUCACCAAAGACAUUUGGAGAUCAGGAUAUAAAACCUACCACAGUGAUGAGGUCUGAGGGCUUCAGCUGGGAAUUCUCAGCUGGUGGAGGGAGAGCUUUGGGAUUGGAUUCCAUACAUUCGCAGGUCAGGAUGUAAAAAUGCAAAA